GAACGUUUUGAAAUUCAAAUCCCAUACCAAAAUAAACCCCCAAAUCACAAACACCACAUCUCUUCAACGCUUCUCAAGUCCUCACGUUACACACAAAUCUCUGUAUCUAUAGCUCCAAAAUUAGUCGCUUUUUACACAUUUUAAUGGAAGACAUGGAAAUUAACCUUACAGGCGCAGUCCCAGAAACCCUAAUUCCAGACCCUUUUGUUUCUAGGGUUUCUGAUUUUGACCAGAUAUGUGACAGACAGCUCGAGAUUGCGCCCAUGGAUGAAGACGAGGAGUCGUCUGCGGAGUAUAUGGUUUGCGAUUCGCGGUCGAGAUUGGUUGCUAGUGGCUUCACCAAGUCGAAUUGCACUGAGGAAGUUGUGAUGUUCGUAAAUGCUGGAGGUGAAGUUUCUGCGGAAACUGAUGCAGAUAGACUUUUGGCUGAUAACUUUUUUGAUGGAGGAGAUGUAUUUCAAACAGAAGAGAGUAUAAUUGAGGCUGGGGAUUACCCGUCUGUAUACCAGUCAGCACGACUAGGAAACUUCUGCUAUAGGUUUACUAGUAUUGACCCUGGCGAAUAUUUUGUUGACCUUCAUUUUGUGGAGAUCAUAAACACUUGUGGACCUAAAGGAAUGCGGGUUUUUAAUGUUUUCAUUCAGGAUGAGAAGGUUUUGUCAGACUUUGAUAUAUUCUCUGUUGUUGGAGCUAACAAGCCAUUGCAGUUAGUUGAUUCCAGAGUUUCUGUUAAGGAUGAUGGGGUCGUUGUCAUAAGGUUUGAAGGAGUCUAUGGGAGUCCUAUUGUAAGUGGGAUCUGCAUUAGGAGAGCACCCAAAUCCGAAGCUAAUGAGGUGACCAGCGAGCACCUUAUAUGCACAAAUUGUGCCUCGGCAAUAGAAGUCCCUGCAGCUCAGCUGAAAGUUUUGGGAAUGAAAUCAACAGCGAAGUAUGAAAAAAAGAUACAAGACCUCAGCUCGCAGUGCCAGGUCAAAGCAGAUGAAUGUUAUCAGGCUUGGAUGUCUUUGGCUGCUGCAAAUGAUCAACUGGAGAAGGUUAGGAUGGAACUUGACAAUAAGUUGUUCCAGACAUAUUCUCUAGAUCAGACUGUAGAGAAGCAAGCAGAAAAAUUGAAGGAUGUGUCGAGCAAGUAUGAGUGUGACAAGAAAUUCUGGGUUGAAACUAUAAGGGAGUUAGACCAGAAGAUAAAGACAAUGAAAGAGGAACACUCCAAGCUUUCGAGGGAAGCACAUGAAUGUGCCGAUUCAAUUCCUGAGUUGAAUAAAAUGUCUUUUGCAGUUCAAGAAUUGGUUGCCCAGUGUGAGGAUCUGAAGGUAAAGUACAGUGAAGAACAAGCAAAGCGUAGAAAGCUUCAUAAUGAAGUUCAGGAGGCAAAAGGAAAUAUUAGGGUUUUUUGCCGCUGUCGCCCUUUAAGCAAGGCAGAGACAUCAGUGGGCUGUUCAACUGUGGUAGACUUCAAUGCAUCCAAGGACGGGGAACUUGGAAUCCUCGGUGUUGGAAAUUCCAAAAAGACGUUUAAAUUUGACAGAGUUUACACACCGAAAGAUGAUCAAGUUGAUGUGUUUGCGGAUGCUUCUCCUAUGGUCAUAUCCGUGUUAGAUGGGUUCAAUGUUUGUAUAUUUGCCUACGGGCAAACUGGAACAGGAAAGACAUUUACAAUGGAGGGUACUGAGGAUAACAGAGGAGUCAAUUAUAGGACUCUAGAAGAAUUAUUUAACAUGGCAGAGGAAAGGAAGGAAACAUUCCGGUAUCACAUUUCAGUUAGCGUGCUUGAAGUCUACAAUGAACAGAUAAGGGACUUGCUGGCUACAUCACCAUCUUCAAAGAAACUGGAAAUAAAGCAAGCUCCUGAAGGUUCCCAUCACAUCCCUGGUAUUGUGGAAGCUAAAGUUAAGAAUAUAAAGGAAGUAUGGAAUGUGCUGCAGGCUGGAAGCAGCGCCCGAGCAGUUGGAUCCAAUAAUGUGAAUGAGCAUAGCAGUCGCUCUCACUGCAUGCUUUGCAUAAUGGUAAAGUCUAAGAAUCUGAUGAAUGGUGAGUGCACCAAAAGCAAACUAUGGCUUGUCGAUUUGGCCGGCAGUGAGAGACUUGCGAAGACUGAUGUGCAAGGUGACAGACUUAAAGAAGCUCAAAACAUUAAUAGAUCUCUUUCAGCUCUUGGAGAUGUGAUUUCUGCUUUAGCAAACAAAAGCAAUCACAUUCCUUACAGAAAUUCCAAGCUGACUCAUCUGCUCCAGGAUUCAUUAGGUGGUGACUCCAAGACUUUAAUGUUUGUGCAAAUCAGUCCUUCAGAUCAAGAUUCAAGUGAGACAUUGAGCUCACUUAAUUUUGCUACCCGAGUCCGGGGUGUUGAGCUGGGGCCUGUAAGAAAGCAGAUUGAUACAGCCGAGCUUCAGAAAGUCAAACUGAUGCUCGACAAAGCGAAGCAAGAGUCUAGAUCGAAAGAUGAAUCACUAAGGAAACUGGAAGACAGCUUACAAAAUUUUGAGAACAAGGCAAGAGGAAAGGAUCAGUUGUAUCGAACCCAACUGGAAAAGAUUAAAGAACUUGAAGGGCAACUAGAGAUGAGGACAGCUCUACACUCUCAGUCGGAGAAACAAAUUUCAAGUCUUUCAGAAAGAUUGAACCGGGAGGAAGAUGUCUGCUCGGACCUUAGGCUAAAGAUCAAAGAACUAGAAAGCAAGCUAAGGGAGCUAGAGCAAGAGCACAUGAAAUGUUUUACUUACCAAGAGAAGGUCAGAGACCUUGAGAAAAAACUCAAAGAAAGAGGGAAAGAGUCUUUAUCUAAUACUGUUGCCCUUGAACAAAAGAUUGAGCAGCUAGAAAGAAGUCUGAGAGAGCAGGAACAAAGUACAGACUCCUCACUGCUUCGUCAAAAGAUUGGUGAGCUUGAGGAGAAGUUGCGGGAACAGGAAGAACAAUUACAUUUACAACAAGAGCAACAACUUAAACUGCAAGCACAGGAGCAACAAACAGGUAGCACACUGGUUGAUUCUACCAAUGCCUUAAGGUCCAACAUGCCUCAGGAAGCCAGUAAGUCUCAAAGAGAUGAGUCGAUGAUUGAUGCUGAACACUGCAUCUUAAAGAGUUCAAAUUCAAUGAAACGCCCAAUGAGCCAGGGUUCCACAUUGCCAAAAGGAAGGGACUCCCUCAUUGAGACAAGAAGGAGACGCUUGUCUAGAAACAGUGAAACCGAGAAUAUUGCAUCUAAUCUCCGCAGUGGCGAUACCAAGGGGAGGCAAUCUGAUCCACUCAGGCCGAUGUCCAGAACUGCAAGAAUAACUAAGCCAGCAACAGUAUCUCAACGUCCCAUCACUAAUACCAGAGUAACAGGCAGAGAUCAGCAGACUCAAGGAACCAAGGCUACAGAGUCGAAGAAGAGGGUCUGGACGAGAUAGUGUCAAGUGCAGUUCUUUUAUAAAUAGAGUCGACAUUUGUGUGUUAAAACUUGCAUUAUAUCUUGUUUGCAGAGUGAGCAUAAGAUAAGAUCUAUAUUAGGUUAUAUGCAUGUUCAUACUGACUUUAAUCAGUUUGAAAUUGCUUCAAACUGACCAAGAUGAAUUGAUGCCUUUUUUUUUAAUAAUUAUUAUUAGAAUGCAUCCCA